AUGAACCACGAAGUGGCAUGGAACUGGCUGUGGGAAAAUGUCGAGCGAGUCGUCUCAAGCACGGUCCCCUUACCGCGGCCCUAUGAGAAGGCGGUCCGCAACUUCAUGUUCGGCCUCCAGGAGGAACAGCUGCAGACCAUCCGCAUCAAGACAUACGCCGACUUCUUCACGCGCUGCCCAGCCGGUCAGGAGUACUUCAAGCAGUCGACCACUCGCCUGUACUUCAUCCUCGACAAAAUCAACGAGAUGACCGUCGAGAUGUUUGCCAGCCCAUUGAAGCUGGUUGAGGAAAUUUCGGCCGUAGGUCUUCGUCACGUCGGCUACGGUGUGCCCAUUGAGUUGAUCCCACCCUUCGUCGCUUGCCUCAGCGACACCAUGGCCGAGUUCACUACGGACGACAUGGCCGCCAAGGCUUACAGCUGGUGCCUGACCCUGAUCUCCAAGAUCCUGAACCGGGUCAUCAUGGAAGGAUCCACGGUGGUCAUGAAGGCGAUCAACACGAACAGCGAGGUGGAGCUGAAGAAGGCCAUCUCUUUGGCGCCUCGUGGCCAGCGUGCAAAGCAACUCCUCGAGGUUUCCGUGGGAACACAGUCCAUCUCUCCGCUGUACUGGGCCAUCGAUAGCGGGAGUUUGUCAGUGGCCAACGCAAUUAUUGAGGACCUUCUGAUCAUCCGAGCAGAUCGCGACGUGUACUACUAUGGCUGCGACGCACUGUUCACGCGGCAUCCGGAGGUCCUUCAUCGCCUUUGCAACAGUGCCCCAACACUUCUCUUGCCACUCUUCGAUGGUCUGAUUUGGCGCUCGCGCCUUACGAGCCACGGCUUUCGACGCGUCAAUUAUUACGUGAAGCACCUAAUUCAG